CCACGACAUUUUGAUUGUUCCUGUUUGAGAGCGAAUUCAAACUAGACGCGGCUAGUCGAGGCGAAUAAAAAGUUGCAGACAAGGAUAUCGAAGGAUCAGAAGGAUACGACAACCCUGGUGGAUCCUUGACCCGGUUACAGCGAGUCAGCCAAAUAUUAACCUAACCCGAAGCCAUGCCCGAAGAGACUACCUUUAGGAAGUCGUUAUAAACGAAAGAAAAAUGCAACUGUCCGCAACGGUGAUGAUUGCGAUCUUGGUCUCUUGCCAUGCUUUUAUGCGCGGCGGAGUCGAAGCGGCGCAACGAAACAUGGAUAUUGAGAAUUAUGAUAAGAAUGGAAUGCUCGUUGGAUUUCUGGAAAAAUUCAAGGAUAUUUUAAAGACCGGAAAUUCGGAAUUUGGCAUUCCCGUUCUCGAUCCUCUUCAGGUGAACCACGUCAACGUCAACUUGAACGAAAAAGAGUUAAUCGAAUUGUCAGCUUCGUUGGAUAACCUUCGUGGGGUCGGUUUGUCCGCCUAUACGGUGAAUCAGGGCGAUUUCAAGCUUGUUGGAUUUCAAGCAAAUAUCAGUCUCACGUGGAGCGAGAUGAAUCUUAUGACCAGAUACAACGUUGCGAAUGGAAAAAUCGUCGACACUAUAUCCUUCUACGGAGACGGAAUUAUCGCGGCUGUCGUUAAGGGUCUCACGGUAGAUGCAGUCGUACACUUGGGCAUAUCCGAGGAGAAAAAAAUAUAUGUUAAAAACCUCGCGUUGCACGUUCAUCUGAAAGAACUUGACUUCAAAAUCACCGGAUUGUACAACGACGCAGAAAUGUCCAAACUCGUGAGCACCAUCGCAUCCGAAAUAACGCCACAACUGAUCGAAGACUAUCAAGACAACCUGAUGGCGUAUGUGACACCGUCAGUUGUCAAAAUGAUGAAUACAUCUUUGAAGGACCUGACGAUUCAGAAACUAUUAGAUAUAAUCAACGGUAAAUCAUGAUUCUUCCGAUCAUAUGUAACAUGGUUAUGAAUCAAAUAAAUUCGAUUAUCACGA